GUGGACUAAACUGCAUGCUGCAGUGCUCGCUGAGCACACACACAACCCUCCCCACUACUCACUCAGCAACAGCCUGCCUCACUUACUGAUAGUCAGCAGCAGCAGGUCACAGUUUUUUUUUUUUUUUUAAGAGAAAUGCCAUGGCGGCCGCCGUACAAUUUAGAAGUAGCCCAAAAACCCGCAACCCGCGACCAAUAAAUACAUUUUCUCCAGCGAUAUCUUUUUCAAAAUUCGGCUAAUUGUAAGAAAUACACGAACAUGGCAACCCUGUCCGAGGAAGAGAAAUUGUCCGCCAUUGUUUUGUUUUGUUUUGGUAAAGCCUCGGAGUGAUGUCACGCCCCCAAUAAGGCUCAACCAAUCAUCCGACGGAUAAUAAUGACUUUUCCUCCGCUAUCCUAUGAAAGGAAAGUUCGCAUCCGGUCUUGCAGUGGGAGGAGUGGCCAGGUGUCACGUGGUGUCCGUCAUCUCUUAUAUACAUCAAGUUCACCAGUCCACAGAAUGCGUCGCGUAAGGACAUGCAAGGUAUUUGUUUUGCCGUCUUCGACGAGUCAAAAGCAAUAGAACAGGUUUGAAGCGGUAUCUGUAAAUAUAAUAUAGGUUGCACAGCUCUGUAAAGAAAACAACAUGGCUUAAUGCGUCGGAAUAAACGCCAAGAUUAGAGCAAAAAUGGCCCUGAAGUUUUCCUAAAUUCGGAUUUUUCCUUGGGUCCGAAUUUACCGCAUCAACUGCGACUGUAACGCGCUCGGAUCUACCACCAAAAGCGGUCUUUCUUUAGACACAACAGUAGUCCUACUGUACACAUUUGCUUUGGAAUACUUUUAUAUCUAGAUAGCUGUUCCAAGAGUGGAGAAUGGAGCCAGGUAAUUGUCGUAUGAAUGGCGGUGGUGGACUCGACGGUAUCGUUGGUGGUGGAGGCGGUGAUUCCUCAUAUGGGAUGAUCACGCUAGAGGACCUGGAAUCUUUUUCGGAAGACCAGCUGUCAGAUUCGGGCACUGGGAGUCUGGAAGAGGAGGGUGAGACGAUGGAAGACGAAGAGCAGCAAGACAGAUUGCUGCGCUACUGGCAGGACGCCGCACGCGGACACCAAGUGGAAGUGCCUAGAGACAUGGCCGAGCCCAUCCAGCAGAUCACCAGCAACAACAACGGCCAACACGACCGGGAGCGCGUGCCCUUCACCCUCAUCACGCGUAAGGAGAAGUGUGGGGACGUGCUCUAUGAGAAGAGACACUAUGAGAAGGCCCACUGGGCGUGCUUCACGGUUCGCGAGGACACCUACGAGCAGAGCAUCUGUUAUGGCUUCAUGAAGCUCAUGAGAUACAUCUGCCAGCAGAACUCCUCCGGUAGCUAUCUGGGUAUGACUAUCCCUAUCCUGACUGUGAUCCGCACGGACGAGAACCACUCCGUCUUGUCCAGGGACGUCACUGUGGCCUACUACCUGCCCACAGAAUAUCAAGCCCAGCCACCCCUGCCUUCUGACACUGAAAUAAGCAUUGAGGAAUGGCCUGCCACCAUUGUCUACACAAGGUCCUUCACUGGGGCCACAAACGAGGUCACCAUCAUCAAUGAGAUCAGCGUCAUGGCGGAAAUGCUUGACUCCCCCGCCACGCACGUGAAUGACUCAUUCAUCGUGGCCGGCUACACCAACCCUGCGGCGGCGAACCGACAGAACGAGAUUUGGUUCCUGGAGCGGCCUUGAGGGUCAGCCUAACCUUGGCCCGUCUUCCUAAACAUGACCCACCCGACAGCCCCGACCUUAUCCGAUCCUACUGAUUCACCCCUAAUGGACACCCUUCCUGUUCUAGAGAGAAGAGACGUAGGGACUUUGCUGAAAAGGGUCCUUAUUACCAGUCCUGUGCCAGGCUGCAUCCUUUGGGUCCAUGAACACCUUUGCGAUAGAGCAACUAGUCUAAAGAUUUUACUCUGCUGUUUUCCUCACAUUGUCAGGGCUUGACAUUAACUUUAAGUCACUUGUCCUUCGGACGAGUAGGACAGAUUUUCUUACUUGUCCGAAAGCUCAAGUCACUUGUCCCCCCCCCAAAAAUGGUCUGCAACAACAUUUUUACAUCAUUGUAUGAUGCAAGGAACCACUUUACAAAAUAAAAUAGAGAAUCAGACAAAAGUGUAGGAUACCAUCUGCCUAUAGGCUUCUUUGCCUGUCUCAAAAUACAACACUGCCCAUUUAAGGUUCUCCUGGAGGAUGGUUGGCCACCCUUGGCCUAUAAAAUAUUGCAGCGUUACAACUACAACCAAAUACUUUGUCUUCAUUAAAUAAUUCCCGUAGCCAUUUGAUCCCUGAUUUAAUUGAAUAAGGUAGGCUACUUCAAAGCAAGGUAACUAACAAAUACACAUUUAUCUAUAACCUUGUAAGGCUAAAAUAUUCAGAUUUCAGGGGAUAUCUAUUGACAUCCUGUGAGAAUAUUUUUAACGUUGUCAGAAUUACAUGGCCAGUGUUGAAUAGAGGGGAAUCCCAGCUCUCCAACUGUCAGAUGUAUUUCUCAACCCCCAAUUUUGAGCGCUUGAGAGGAGGUUUUACAACAGGAGUAUGUAGCAUUGUUUUAAUAAUGCACCCGUUCAUCAAUUGCGCACUGGAGUGCCGGUGUUUUUUUUAUUUUUUAUUUUUUAGGACAUCGGACAUGACAAUGACAUUUAAUGCAUGCUAAAAGCUGAAUAGUUAGCUACAGAGAACUAGCCAGGCUAAACAAGAUGUUUUGAAUUGGCUAUGUAGUUAGUCUGUUGUCUCAUUAUUACAGGUUACCUGCUGCUACAAUGUCUGUCUCUCCUCGGGCCCAUUCACACUGGCACACACACAGGUGGUUCAUACACCAUGACCUUUUCCAGGAUUUUAAUGACCAUGCUCUGUUUGCUGACCAAAAAAUUAGCUAUAACUGGGUAAAAAAAAACAUGUGCACACGCUCGUGCCUGUCAAUGCAAUACAAUUCUACUCCGAUGCGAACAGUGCGCAAAACAUCGCAUCCGGAGGACACUUGUUUUGAUAGUGAUUUCUGUGUGAUCAUUUUUUUACUUGUCCAUUCGGACAACUUAAAUCGAUAUUCUGCUUGCCGAACCUUUUUUUAAAGUUUUUUUUUUUUACUUGUCCCGGACAAGUGUUAAUGUAGAGCCCCGAUAGCCUUGACGACCUUCGAAAGGGUGAGGAGCCAAGUGACGUUUACUUGAUGUUUUGUGAAAAGUGGAUGGAUAUCAGAGCCAUGCCUUUAGGGAGUUGGGCCACCUUUUUUUGACAUUUUUAAUAUUGUUCUAAUUCUAGACAUUUAGUUACAUAGCAUUGUUUUAAAUAUUCCCCAUG